AUGGUUUCUAAAGAAGCCAAGCCUAUCACCCUACACUUCCAGUACGGCUGUGCAGUUAUGGAGGACGGCACAACCAGAAACAUCUAUUUUACGAAUUACGACGAGACACUUAUGGAACGCGUAAACACCCUCAGAUACAACCGAUUGGAUUCUGCAUACGAGAGACGCGGGGCCGAUCGAAACCAGGUCGAGCGUUGGGUUAAGGGGAUUGAAUGGGUAUUCGCCAUCUAG